GGGGGCUUAGUCAUUUCCCCGCUCCAGCCCGCGCUUGCCCGAGCGCGCACUCACGGCCGCUCUCCCUCCUCGCUCCGCAGCCGCGGCCCAUGGAGCCCGCCGGCCCGGCCCCCGGCCGCCUCGGGCCGCUGCUCUGCCUGCUGGUCGCCGCGUCCUGCACCUGGGCAGGAGGGGCAGGUGAGGAGGAGCUGCAGGUGAUUCAGCCUCAGAUGCCAGUGUCCGUCGCAGCAGGAGAGACGGCCACUCUGAGCUGCACUGUGACCACCAUAUUCCCGGUGGGGCCCAUCAGGUGGUUCAGAGGGACAGAGACAGGCCGGGAGUUAAUCUAUGAUUUCAGAGGAGCCCAAUUCCCCCGAGUAACAAAUGCAGACACCACGAAGAGAGACAACAUGGACUUUUCCAUCCGCAUCAGUAACAUCACCCCAGCAGACACAGGGACCUACUACUGUGUGAAGUUCCGGAGAGGAGACGGUGGUGACAUGGAGUUCAAGUCUGGAGCCGGCACUCAGCUCAGCGUGAGUGCCAAACCCUCUCCCCCUGUGGUAUCGGGCCCCACGGGCAGGUCGCCGCCUGGGCAGACAGUUAACUACACCUGCAAGUCCCACGGCUUCUCCCCAAGAAACAUCGACCUGAAGUGGUUCAAGGAUGGGAAUCAGCUGCCAGCCUUCCAGACCACCGUGGACCCAGAGGGAGACAGCCCUUCCUACAGCAUCUCCAGCACAGCCAGGGUGCUGCUGGCCCCGAGGGAUGUUCGCUCCCAGGUCAUCUGCCAGGUGACCCACAACACCCUAAAGGGGGACCUGCCUCUUCGUGGGACUGCCAACCUCUCUGAGGCCAUCCGAGUGCCGCCCACCGUGGAGGUCACCCAGCUCGCGGUGUCAGAGAAGCAGAAGAACGUCACCUGCCUGGUGAGGAACUUCUACCCCCAGCGCCUGCAGCUGACCUGGCUGGAGAACGGAAACACGUCCCGAACAGAAACGGCCUUGACCCUCACAGAGAACCAGGACGGGACCUUCACCGGGAAGAGCUGGCUCCUGGUGAACCUGUCUGCCCACAAGGAGGGUGCGAAGCUCACCUGCCAGGUGGAGCACGACGGGCAGCCAGCGGUCACCAAAAUUGUCACUGUGGAGGCCCCGGCUCCCCAGAAGGACCCAGAUGUACCUGCUGGUGAGGGCAAGAACUUGAAGGGGAUCUUCAUUGCGGUGGGCGUGGUGUGUGCCCUGCUGGUGGCCCUGCUGAUGGCCGCCCUCUAUCUCCUGCGAGUCCGACAGAAAAAAGCCAAGGGCUCCACUUCUUCCACAAGGCUGCACGAGCCCGAGAAGAACGCCAGAGAAGUAACCCAGACCCAGGACAACAAUGACAUCACGUACGCAGACCUGAACCUGCCCAAGCGGAAGAAGUCGGCCCCCCGGGCGGCCGAGUCCAACAACCACACGGAGUACGCCAGCAUCCAGGCGGUCCGGCCGGCCGCGCCUGAGGACAACCUCACCUACGCCGACCUGGACAUGGUCCACCUCAACCGGGCCCCCAAGCCGCCGGCCCCCAAGCCCGAGCCGUCUCACUCGGAGUACGCCAGCGUCCAGGUCCCGAGGAAGUGAACGGGGCCUCGGGCGUCUCUGGAUCAGUGCCCACGAGCCUUCCUGUCCCACGGGGGGCAGCCGCCCCGGGUCCUGGAGGGCCUGGGUGGUGCAGGUCUUGGGACCCAAGGAUGAGGCUGGAUCUUGUCUCCCCAACCCGCUUGGCUCUCUAGCAUUCCCAGGGUGGCCACAGCCCCCGCCACCCCACAUUGCCACACACGGAGGCCGACGCUGCCACACCAGCCGGGGAGCCCACGUGGGAACUGGCCGGAGCUUGCCAGGGGUCCAGGAAUUCUCAUGCCUCUCUCCAUCAUCCAAGGGUCUUCUUGGCCAUGGUCUUGGCGACUCUUGACAGCUUCCUAGAUGCUCCGCAGCCUGAUCUUCCAAGGUGACGAGGGAGAGAAACCCCACCUGCUCCUCUCACCACCGCCACCACCAUGCAGCUGGGGCUCUGGGAAAAGUUCUGUCUCGAUUCGAAUGCCCCAUCCACGGGGAAUUUAGAAAACAAACGUCGGGACCACGUCCCGAGACUCCAUGAGGUUGCUGCCAACGGUCCUGCCCUCCCGCAUCCCUGGACUGACACGCCACCAGCCCCGGGGAGCAGGGGACCCGCCCGGAAACCCUCCACCACCACCACCACCACCACCAGGACUGAGUAACAAAACCCUCCUCUUCCCGCCCUCCGAGUCGCCGUGAGGACCAGCAUCCUGACCACCACACUCCACCUGGACCCGCCUCGCCUUCUAGACCCGAGCUUGCUUCCUCCAGCUCGCACUAACUCAGCAACCGCUCGCUGUGGACGCCUGUAAAUUAUUGAUAAAUGUGAAACGUGCAAUCUUGAAACUGAGGUGUAAGAAAAUUUGAUCUGUGGUGUUUUGUUUUGUUGUUUUGUUCUUUUUCUUGAAACAACGGCAGCCUUA